AUGAACUUCGCCUGUGAAAUGAUGGAUCUCUGUCGUGGAACUCAGGAGGUGGAGGCCGUAAUCUCCGACUUCCUUGAAGACGGUGCAAACAUACGUGAUCCACUGAGAAGACUGCGCCUUGCAAUUCGGUUCGAAGAAAAAAAGGUAAGUCUACGGAGUCGGGUUCUAGAGUCCUUUAAACUGAUACAACCGUCAUAA